UGGGGCUGGAGGAUCACCGUGGCCAAGGGCGCCUUAUGUUAAAGCCAAGGAAAAUGCCAGGAUUCUUUUUCUCCCACAAUAACGUGACUGAAUUAAAUGGAAAAAGAAUUUGCAAGCUUGCAGAAGGCAAAAUCCAUAAAAAGAAGCAGAAGGCCUUUGGUGCAGAUCUCAAAAGUUAUUUGACGUGCAUGGUGCCACAUAUUGAAUCUGGGAUCAAGACUUCUGACUCCAGAAAUGUCGUGCUUUCUGCAGAGGAAGUUAUUCAGUGGUCACAGUCUUUGGAAAAGCUCUUGGCCAGCCAAAGUGGUCAGGGUGUCUUUUGGGAGUUCCUGAAGUCAGAGUUCAGUGAGGAAAACAUCGAGUUCUGGCUGGCUUGUGAGGAUUACAAGAAGACCAAGUCUGAUCACUUACAUGGCAAAGCAGAGAAGAUUUACGAAGAAUUUGUUCAGUCAGAUGCCAUUAAGCAGAUCAAUAUUGACUAUCAGAUGAGGGAAGCAACAGCCAAAAAGGCUCAAGACCCAACUCGCACAAGUUUUGAUGAAGCCCAGAAAUCAGUGUACAUCCUAAUGGAAAGGGAUUCAUAUCCCAGAUUUCUAAAAUCCAAAUGCUACCUGAACCUUUUGAACCAGCUGCAAACCAACACUUCAAAAUAAAGUGUCUGAGGUGUGAAGAACCAAGUAGACUCUGUCAAAUGUCCUGUGUAGAGAUCCUCUGUGGUGGUUGGAUCUUGCCAAGGAAAAUCUCUGUCUUGGGAGGGGAGUAUGAGGGAGAUGCAAACAGCUCCACAGCCAACAGGAUGCAGGAUGAAAGCUGGUGAGGCUGUCAUAAGGGUGAGAGCAGCGCAGGGAGAAAAUCCCCUCCUCCCACACGCGAUGGAGUCAAGGCAGGAUAUGGAAACCGAUGUUUGACCUGCGCUACAAACGCUGAACUGCGUCUCACAUCCCAAAGAACUGCUAAUGGUUGGGAAGCGCAGGACUCGCAAGCUGAGCUUUGGGAAAAGAUUAUCAAGUUCAGAAUAAAAGCUAGGAUGACUGAUGGUUUUGGGCAUAACAAGAAAAUGUCAAGACAAGACGGACAGCUCUUUUAAAAAUCUAUGAAGUGUUAAUAAGCGUGAGUGUGAGCUCCGCAGUGUUGUUGUGCUAUAUAAAUAUAUUCUAAAUUGACAUGUCUUAAAAUAUAUACUGUUUAAAUUAUAUAAGUAUUAUAUAAGCUGUAUUUUUAUUACAUUUGUAUUCAACAGGUUGGUAUGUAGCAUCUUUGUUGUUUAAUUUAUUGAAAAAUAAUAAGUAGCUCUUCAUUAAAAUGCAGAUAAAAAUAAAGUUUUAUAAUGGUUUAAC